AUGGAUGCAGAACCCGUGGAUACUGAGGGCCGACGGUACAAAAAGAACUUGAAGGCCCUUUACGUCGUGCACCCCACCAACUUCAUCAAAGUCCUGUGGAACGUCUUCAAACCCCUCAUCAGUCACAAGUUUGGGAAAAAAGUCACCUAUUUCAACCAUCUGAGUGAGCUCCAUGAACACCUCAAAUGCGACCAGCUGGCCAUCCCCCCAGAAGUUCUGCGGUACGACGAGAAGCUGCGGAACCUGCACAAGGGCAGGCCGCUCCCUCCCGCCAAGACGCCUCCGCCGCGGCCCCCUCUGCCCACCCAGCAGUUUGGCGUCAGUCUGCAGUACCUCAAAGACAAAAAUCAAGGUGAACUUAUCCCCCCUGUGCUGAGGUUCACAGUGACAUACCUGAGAGAAAAAGGACUCCGCACAGAGGGACUGUUCCGGAGAUCCGCCAGUGUCCAGACCGUCCACGAGAUCCAGCGGCUCUACAAUCAAGGCAAGCCUGUGAACUUCGAUGACUAUGGGGACAUCCACAUCCCUGCCGUGAUCCUGAAGACCUUCUUGCGAGAGCUGCCCCAGCCGCUGCUGACCUUCAAGGCCUAUGAGCAGAUCCUUGGAAUCACAAUGAUUGGGCUUUCCGGGCGUUCUGGGAGGUCAUAGCGACAGCGCCCAUCAUGAAGAAGAGGG